AUGGUGAAUAAGGCAAGCAAGCAGCGAACUCGAGCUGUCGACAAACGACUUGUCUGUAACUCUACACCAAUUUCGCUCCCUUUCCCCUGUAUAUCUAGCAAAGCCGACGUUGCGAGUCAUGAUCUCCUCGUCGACCAGAUUAUCCUCCUUCACAACAUCCUAACUAGAACGGAAUGUCAAGCUUUCAUCAAGAUGAUUGAUACACUGCCUUUGCAACUGACACCUCAAAAGAAACGAGGAGAGGCUGAGAGAGUUAACUAUCGCUUUAGCCUGCAAUCUGCAGCUUUCGCAGAGAAUUUGUGCGCAUUACUCCUACCUCAUUUGCCAGAACUCGACACCGGAAAUGGUAUGAGCCGCCCCGUCUCUUGCAACUCAAACAUCAGGUUGUACAAGUAUACGCCAUCACAAUUCUUCGGAGCACAUUACGAUGAUUCCGUAGUUGACCCUACCACUGGUGCCAAAUCAGAAUGGACGGUGCUGGUGUAUCUCAGUGGAAUCGAGGACGGAGUCGAGGGCGGAGAGACUAUAUUUUACAAGAGCGAGAGAAAGAAACAAAACGAGACCAUUAUUGCGCCUUUGACAAGGGGAACUGCUUUGCUUCACCGUCAUGGGCAGCAAUGCCUGCUACACGAGGGCUCAAGGGUUCGGAAGGGUAUCAAAUAUGUUCUUCGGUCAGAUCUGAUGUUUUCGACGUGA